GUAAAUAUUUGAAUAAGACCGGGGGUAUAAAACUACCAAUCGCAUUUCACUUUCGAGUAGCCCUGCUCGUGCCUCUCAGAGUACCCAACGAUAACCUGUGUUCAGUCCUAAUUUUAUGAGUUGAGUGUGUAUAGUGCCAGCAGGAUUGGUUGAUGCUGAAGACUGACUGACAGAGAAUAGAAACGCCCAGAGAGAGAGAGAGAGAUGCCUGCUGCAGAUUCAACGGCGUGCUCAUUAAUCACUGCAGCCUGGGGGCACAGCGCAGAAACACAUUCUGGCCAAAAUAACAAGCACAAAAAAUAUUUGAUCGGAGCUAGAUGUACAUACACAAGCUAAUCGAAACUGUUUACACUUCCAAUCUCUCUUCCUUUUUUAACCGGGAGGGUUGCACUGCUUUUCUGACAGCAAUGUGCUGUAGUGGACUCACUGUGAGGACUUUAUGGACAGUGACAUUAGCAGAAAUAUUGCUAGUUGUGAUAUUAGCAGCUCGCUGGAGUGAGGCUCUGGAUUAUGAUUAUAACACUACUCGUAGUUUCGAAUACUUGAUGGACCCGGAGAACCCCGAAGACAUCUAUAAGUAUAAGGACCCGUGCAAAGCCGUUGCCUUUUGGGGAGACAUAGCUUUAGAUGAAGAGGAUAUGAAAUUGUUUCACAUAGACAGAACCGGUCAGAUAACAGAGCUCACAGCAGGAACAAGAGGACACAGUACAGGUGGUCUCAGGGAGCAAAUCAAUCCUGCAAGCCAGAACUCCACCACAUCAGCAAACCAUAAAAGCAAAACAGUUAUAACGGGCCCAAUGCAGAGACUUGCUCCAGAUAGCAGACAAAAGAAGCAAAGGAAUAAAAGCCUUUCUGCGGGAGCCAAUGAAGCAGCGAGGCGAGUGCGCAGGGCUGCAACGUCGCGCCAGGAGAGGAUAUGGCCGGGAGGCGUUAUUCCCUACGUUAUAGGAGGAAAUUUCACAGGUACCCAAAGAGCCAUAUUUAAACAGGCCAUGAGACACUGGGAGAAAUACACAUGUGUCACCUUCGUAGAGAGAACAGAUGAAGAGAGUUUCAUUGUGUUCACCUAUCGGCCGUGCGGGUGCUGUUCCUAUGUGGGAAGGCGUGGUGGAGGUCCCCAGGCCAUUUCUAUAGGCAAGAACUGUGACAAAUUUGGCAUUGUCGUCCAUGAGCUUGGCCACGUGGUUGGGUUCUGGCAUGAACACACUCGACCAGACCGUGACAGCCACGUCACAAUCAUCAGGGAAAAUAUACAGCCAGGGCAGGAGUACAACUUCCUGAAGAUGGAGCCUGGUGAAGUGAAUUCUCUGGGAGAGACCUACGACUUUGACAGUAUAAUGCACUAUGCCCGGAACACCUUCUCAAGGGGUGUUUUUCUGGACACCAUUCUUCCACGAAAAGAUGAUAACGGCUUGAGAUCUCCCAUCGGGCAGCGAAUCCGCCUCAGUCAGGGGGACAUCGCACAAGCAAGGAAACUGUAUAAAUGCCCAGUGUGUGGAGAAACGCUUCAGGAUACGACAGGGAACUUCUCAGCCCCCGGAUUUCCAAACGGCUACCCUUCAUAUUCACAUUGCGUUUGGAGGAUCUCCGUUACUCCAGGGGAGAAGGUUAUUUUAAACUUCACCACAAUGGAUUUAUUCAAAAGCCGUCUUUGCUGGUAUGAUUACAUAGAAGUACGGGAUGGAUACUGGAGAAAAGCCCCACUACUGGGGAGAUUCUGCGGAGAUAAAAUUCCAGAACCAAUCCUCUCCACCGACAGCAGGCUCUGGAUUGAGUUCCGCAGCAGCAGCAACAUUCUGGGCAAGGGAUUCCUCGCAGUGUACGAAGCUAUUUGCGGAGGGGAAAUCAAAAAGGAUGUUGGGCAGAUCCAGUCCCCGAACUAUCCAGAUGACUACCGGCCUUCAAAGGAGUGCAUCUGGAAAAUAACUGUAUCAGAGGGGUUUCAUGUGGGACUCGCAUUCCAAGCCUUUGAGAUUGAGAGACAUGACAGCUGUACUUAUGACUAUCUGGAGAUCCGUGAUGGAGAAGCUGAUGACAGUCCUUUGAUCGGACAUUACUGUGGGUAUGUGAAGCCAGACGAUGUCAAGUCCACCUCCAACAAACUAUGGAUGAAGUUUGUGUCUGACGGCUCUAUUAACAAAGCUGGCUUUGCAGCCAAUUUCUUCAAAGAGGUUGACGAGUGCUCAAGGCCAGACAAUGGCGGGUGUGAGCAGCGCUGUGUGAAUACUCUUGGCAGCUACAAGUGUGCCUGUGACCCUGGGUACGAGCUUGCUCCCAAUAAGCGAAGCUGUGAAGCUGCAUGUGGUGGCUUCAUCACCAAGCUCAAUGGCACCAUUACAAGCCCUGGGUGGCCGAAGGAAUACCCAACAAAUAAAAACUGUGUGUGGCAAGUUGUGGCUCCUGCCCAGUACAGGAUCUCCUUGCAGUUUGAGAUCUUCGAACUGGAAGGCAAUGAUGUUUGCAAGUACGACUUUGUGGAGGUGCACAGUGGGCUGUCUUCUGAUUCAAGGCUACAUGGCAAAUUCUGUGGCUCAGAAAAGCCCGAAGUCAUUACCUCUCAGUUCAACAACAUGAGAGUAGAGUUCAAGUCGGACAACACUGUGUCUAAGAAAGGCUUCAAGGCCCACUUUUUUUCUGAUAAGGAUGAAUGCUCCAAGGACAAUGGUGGCUGUCAGCACGAAUGCACCAACACGUUCGGCAGUUACUCCUGCUACUGUAAAAACGGCUUCAUUCUGCACGAGAAUGCGCACGACUGCAAAGAAGCUGGAUGUGAACACAAGGUGACUAGUGCUGAGGGUGUGAUAAGCAGUCCGAACUGGCCUGACAAGUACCCCAGCCGUAAAGAGUGUACAUGGGAACUCUCUUCCACUGCUGGGCACCGUAUUAAAAUUGAGUUCAACGAGUUUGAGAUGGAGCAGCAUCAGGAGUGUGCCUACGAUCAUCUGGAGUUGUAUGAUGGACCCAACGGCAAGUCUCCAAUCCUCGGUCGAUUCUGCGGGAGCAAGAAACCGGAUCCAGUCAUCACUUCGGGAAACAAAAUGUUCCUCCGAUUUUACUCUGAUGCCUCGGUCCAAAGAAAAGGAUUCCAAGCAAAGCACAGCACAGAGUGUGGGGGUCGAUUGAAAGCCGAGAUUAGGACGAAGGACCUCUACUCUCAUGCCCAGUUUGGGGAUAACUUCUACCCAGGACAGUCCAACUGUGACUGGGUGAUCGUGGCAGAAGAUGGAUAUGGCGUGGAGCUGAUUUUCCAGACUUUCGAAAUUGAAGAAGAAUCUGAUUGCGGGUAUGACUACAUGGAAAUCUACGAUGGCUAUGACAGCACAGCACCCAGGCUUGGCAGAUUCUGUGGCUCAGGGCCCCCAGAAGAAAUCUACUCUGCGGGAGACUCUGUAAUGAUUCGCUUUCACUCAGAUGAUACAAUCAAUAAAAAAGGAUUCCACGCCCGCUACACCAGUACCAAAUUCCAGGAUGCCUUGCAUAUGUGAAGAGCUAGUGAACUAUCUCAGCCUUCAUGGUAUAAAAAAUAUGAGACUGUUUAAAAAAGAAAAAGACACAAAAAAAAUGUAAGUUAUUUUACUGUCAGUCUUCAGGAGUUUAACUUUAUCAAGAGUAUUUUUCUGCAAAUAAAACUGAUGCGAAAGAUACUUCUAAAUAUGCCAUUAAAGCAUGCCAGUAUUCUCUGGACCAAAUAUUUUAGUCAUUUACUACAUCAAGCCAUAGGACAAUAAAAGGUAGUUUAGCAGGGUUUCAGUAAAACAAGGUGAAUAGGUGAAAAUGAAGCAUCUUCUUACAUAUCCAAGUGAUAUGGGGUUCCUGUUAGGGGGUACAUACUGCAUACUGUGAGUUUUUAGGACACGUUGCUACUGAGUUUUUUAUAUCAAUUUUCAGAAAUGCUACAGAAUACAGGUACAUUUACUUCUCUGUCAUUACACAGUAGUUGCCACUUGUAUUUAUCAAAUGUACUUUUUGGAGGGGGAGGGGUAACUAAUUUAUGUAACUGCAUACAUGAACAAAGUACAGUGCACUGUAAUGGCUGUGUACUUCAUGUACCUGUAUUUUGAAGUGUAGCCCCAUUUUCUGGCAAGCAUUAGUUAGUUAAAAUGGGAAUCUUAAGUUUAACAUAUAUAUAUAUGUGUAUAUACACACACACACACACACAAACACACGUGCAAUAACAGUUGUAAAAUGCAGAACUCCUGCAAUGUACUAUCUCAUUAAUGUUACAAUAUCACCAUUAUUAAUUAUCAGAUGACAUAUUCAUAAGUACUGUAUACAUCUUUGUGAUCUGUGAUAUUGCCUGUGUUAUAGUCUGACUGUGCAGCAGCAGCAGUCUGUUGAUGCAGCGACUACCACAGCACUGUGCUAUUAGACAAGGAAUUUUCUGUUGAGGUUUAUUUUCCUUUGUUGGAUAGUGAAGGGUUUCUUUGCUAUGCUUUUUUAAAUGUUUUUUUUUUUUUUUUUUAUCAAGUCUGAAAAUAGAAAUGCAAUUAUUUUAUCGGGCAGGCUGUGACUUGUAACUACUGUAUUUUCUAUUUUAGCAAUUAUUGGAGUUCAGGCAUGCUGUGUAAAAAAUAAAAAAAUAAAAAAAGUGUGCUAGUAGUCAACCACUGUGACAUACUAUUCAGAAUCAGCUGAGCUGCAAUUGGGGUGUCCAUUUAAACAGCCAGAGGGGUACAGCCAGCAAGAAUAAGUGUCUUGGGUUGAUUUGUAAUACAGUAACUGAGGCGCCCCCAGUAGCAUAUCCCACACAAAGCUUAUACUGUCCACACUUAGAACACUGUCAUCAGUAUUGGUUACCACACUAGAAAAAGGACAUUGAGGAUACAAUGUGAUGUACAGUUUUUAUCAGCUGAGCUAUAGUGUAUGUUUAGCUGUACUGGGUGAAAAAAACAGACUAUACAGUAUUUAGAUUUAUCAGAUUUUUAAAUAUGUAGGCUACAGUGUUAUAUUUCGAGCAGCGUUUAGCAGAAAAGUCAGACAUUCCUAGAACGCACUUAAUAGCAAGAUAUUUGCCAAUAGGGUGACCAGAUAGCAAGAGUGAAAAAUCGGGACACUUUCAGUUGGUGAGGGGAGGAAAGAAACCUUGUGAACUACUUACUGCACAACGCAACGACGCAAACUACGUAUCUUUCUUCUGUGGAUAGGCUUUUUUUAUUCCUCGCCUUCCUGUGUGCAUUGCACUUAGGCAAAAAUAAAAACUUCGAGAAAUAUAAUUAAAAAAAUUUAAAAAAAAAAAAAAAAAAACUUCAAAGCAGUUAACUUUCUUGUUUACUGUUCAAAUGACAACGAUGUUUUAAUCAGCCUAUCAGUGUGUCUCUACUGGCUUCUCUGUGACCUGCUGUACUGUAUGUAGCAGGUGGGACAAAGUCAGUGCUGCAUUGUUUUGAUUUAGGUUGCUAAAAUCUAGUUUUCAGCAUUAGAUGUAAAAUACCAAAAACGGACAAGCAAAAUAUAUUUCGGAUGAGGAACGUGUCAAGACAUUUCCCAAAGAAACUGUACAUGCAGGUGGAGGUAAUUGUUUUGCACAUCUUGUAAUGUGACUUAAAGAAAAUACAAUCGAUCGCUAUAACUUCAGAAUCACACAUUAAACGAGGCUACUACAGAGGCUGCUGAACAGAACGUAAAACAAACAGCAGCUUUCAGAAAAUAAACUGGAAAGUCAGCGCAGACAAAAAAGUAUUCCUGUGUUCGUUGUACCCAAGUUAAAUCAGCACAACAGGUACAAUCAAGCACAGCUACCUCGGUUCAAACAACCUGCAGUUUACUUUGUAAACGCAGUUAGGAUUUUAGACCCAAAUAGGCAUUUGUUUUGACUCGGUACUGAUAAAAUAAAUUCCUGGGUGGGGCAUAUGCUGCAUAUAUGGACUUUAUUAAAGAAUGCCAGAUACCCAAACGAGUGUUGGGACUGUUUCUAAUUGAUGUCCACUUAAUUUGGCAAAGCUUUGCCUUACACUUACAACCAAUUCAAUGGAUGCAGAUGUGCAGUCUCAAUGUAUGGACAAAUCCACACCAGACAGAGAAUGUCGGCAGCAACUGUUGGGAGAUUUGCAGGCUUGCCUUUUAACAAAUGACAGCACUCUGUUUUAGUAAGGAAGCAAGUACCACUAUUUCUAGGCUUUUAUAGUGCUCUGAAAUAUUAGGUGAAUUUAAUGUUUAAACAGGUCAGCGAAAUGUCAGUGACAUCCUAAUUAUAAUCAUAAUCCUAAUUGGAUGACUGACGCAUGGGCAUAUUAUUGAAUACUUUUUCCUCCCACUGCGUUUGGUACUUGCACUUUUUUUUGCUUUUUAGUGACAGGCUCGCAAACAACACCAGCCAUUAUGACACUUUGCCAGUAAAACCAGACGCACAGACGCACGCACCAAGAAAAACACAUGACGUAUACGGCAUCAUACGACUGCAUGUUAACGUGAUUGGAUAGUCUCAUAGAUGCAAUGCAAGCAACUCACUCAAACAACACGCCCUAAACCAGUAGAAUAUGCUGUUGCACCGCGAGACAGUACAGCAGCCACAUAUACAAAAUUUCCUAACGUGAAAAUAAAAAAUUCAAAUUCUACCCUUGGGUUUUCAACGUUUACUCUAAAAAUCGGCACAAAUGGCGUCCCAACAGUACCUCGAUUGGGAUGCGGGACAAAGCCCCCAAUAUCGGGACGAUCCCUUUUAUCGGGACAUCUGGUCACCCUAUUUGCAAAUAAACUAGUAAAAAUAUUUGACAAACAUUUUGACUAGAAGUCUGUCUUUGAAAUCCAAAAAUCUCAAUAUCACUCAAUAAGGUAAGUUUGUUCCCUAGUAGAAAAUACUUCUAAUUUUUUUUUUUUUUUUCACAAGUACUGGCAAAAGUAAUUUUAAGUGAAACUUAACCCUUUCAGUCCUGAAUUAUUAUUGUCACGCUGAACAAUAAACUCCUUUAUUAAGUAAACAUAAGGACAGGACAAAAACAUUUUUCUUGCAUAUAUUUAUACACUGCCUCAGACUCAAUGUAACUUGAAAUAAAUUGCGUUGUUAAGUAUUGUCUGAAGCUACAUUCCAGGUUAAUAUUGCACCUCAUGCAGAAGGUGCUGCUGUACUUGACAUGACUGGACUGUUUCACAAUCUCUAUUGCUUGUCAAGAGGUUUAACGUGACCAGAGUCGGGGUCAAAAUUAUUUUAAUUGAAGUAAUAUAACUGAUAUAGUUUAUUCCACAAACAAUAACAAAUCAAAGAUACAUUGGAUUCCCAAAUGCAUACAAACUAAUCUUUGAAUUCCACAUGCAUGUUGUUAUAAACCUUUCCUUUCCAUGAAAUAACAGAAAAUAUCACACACACACACAUGUGCAUGCAUGCAUGCAUGGAUAUGAUAAGUGCUAAAGCCAGAAAACUUAGAAUAUGCAUUUAGUUUAAAGUUAUUGGCUGUCGGAUGCUUUUUGUUCACCACUAGUUUUUAUUCAUUUUAUUUGUUAAUCAUAUUUACUCCUUUUUAUUACUAUAAUUGUAGGCUUUGUAUUUUUUUGUGUAGUGUGACUACAAAACUCAGACCUCAUACCGAUUUUAGUUUUUAUGUUGUGCUACAUUCUGGAGUUUCAGGAGUUUUUAACAAAGUGUAUUGUACAUUAAGACUGUAUAUCCUCUGUACUCAUUGCUGUGACUUGCAAUGUUUUUGUCAAAAUAUGCUACAUAAGUUAGCAUUAGUAUCAUUUUUUUUUUUUUUCUGUUCCAAUAUAAACCUAUAUAUGUAGCACUAAAUGUCUGCAUUGUUUUAACACAGGAAGCAAAACUAGAAAACAGGGGUAUUAGAGCUGAUAUGGGUAUUGGGUGUUUUUCACUUUUUGUCAUGUUUGAUGGAAAUGUUACAUUUUGUGGCAAUAAAUGCAAUAAUCAAAUAAAGUUUUAAAAAAACAUGUUACUUACUGUAUAGUUCUUAAGGUGUAGGAUUGUGGUUUAUUUAAUAACACUCAUUCCAUGAUUUUAGACAACAGACAGGUAUUGCAAAUAUUUCUUUAGACAAAAAAUAUUAGUUAGUCUAUAUGAUAACAGCCUUAGUUAGAUCAGAUUUAUCUAAAUACUGGGAGUGUUCUUUCAAGGCAGGGUUGGAGGUCCUCUUCAUGAGCUGUAUUCCCUGAAUCAACCUUCUGUAUGAGGAUACCUUGCAAUUUGUAUGCCUCUGUACAACCAACUUCACCGUCAUAACCCGAUACUGUAUAUGUGUUCUCCUGUAAUUAGAUACAGCAGUUGCUAUGCUCUCAUUGUUAUGAAUCUAUCAUAGUGAUAAAUCUAUCACUGUUAUCCUAUAUCUUAGGGGUUUGGCUGUGUCCCAAUGUACAAGAACACAAAACCCUGUGUUCUGUGACAAAGAACAUGAACUUUUGAUAAUCCGUAUCUCAGCAUACCAUACAUUUAUGUUCCACCCUCGACUUUACAGUUAUUCUCUAUUCCCUACAAAGGUUCAAAAUAAUAACGCAUUGAGUUAAUUACACUCCUGACCAUAAUAGGCAUGUGUGCUUUUAAUAUAACAUUGCUUCAACAGUAAUUAUCUCUGUAACCUCAGCCAUUCAGCCAUACGCAAAGUUUAUCCCUGUUAGGUUACUGCUCAUGGAAUGAAAUUGCUGUUAGUCUUACUGGCCUCUUGGGCUAUAUGGUAGUAGUCAUUUUCUUUCAAGACGGAGAUUGAAUUGAACAAACCAGUUUGUUACAUGAAAAGAGGACUGUCUCUCAGUAGUAGUGUUUUAAUAAUGAAUCCGUUUUCAAACACAGGCAAUAAGGUCAGUUCAGUUUAUGGGUAGAUACGUUCCUUGCAGGAGGUAAAACCUAGGUCUGUGACCAAGUGUCAUACCGUAGGUGUUACCACCACUUUAUACAUUCCCAGUAUCCCAACUCACCGUCACACAGGGCCUUAGAGGGCUGUGCCCCACCCCCAAACCCCCCUGCCUCAGUUCAGGUCAAAGACUGAGAUAACAAAUCUAUGACAAAUCAUUCAUAAAAGUAGUUAAACUCAAAGUAUAAUAUGUGUUAUUUAUCGAAAAUUUUCAAGGGUACGCAAACUCCUGCCACCUGACCUUCCACCACAUUACAUUACUAUCUACCUAAAUAUCUGUGACAGAAUAGAUCCUGGGACGACUCCUGUUUUCUCUCUACACCCGCUCCCUGGGUCCCCUCAUCUCUUCUCAUGGCUUCUCGUAUCACUUUUAUGCUGAUGAUGCCCAGAUCUUCCUCUCCUUUCCCACCUCUGACUCAGACAUUUCCUCCAGUAUCUCUACCUGCCUCUUGGCCAUCUCCUCCUGGAUGCACUCGCAUCAAGUUAAACUCAACCUCUCCAAAUCAGACCUCCUUUUCUCCCCCUCUCAUCCUCUCCACUGCUGAUCUCUCCAUUUCUAUUCUGCUUGAAUCCACCAAGCUCUCUCCAUCCUCAUCCAUCAAGAACCUUGGCGUCACCCUUGACCCCCACCCCCUCUCCUACUCUCAGCACAUCUCAACUGGCACGUUCCUGUCACUUCUUCCUCAGAAACAUAUGCAGAAUUCGCCACUUCCUCACCGAUUACUCCAUGCAGCUCCUAGUUCAGGCCCUGGUACUGUCUCAUCUUGACUACUGCAACUCCCUCCUGGCCGGCCUUCCUGCCUCUGCUACCCAUCCGCUCCAGCUCAUCCAAAACUCUGCUGCUCGCCUUGUCUUUUCCCUUGUUUCUCCCACGCUAUACCGCUUCUCCACUCUCUGCACUGGCUCCCUAUUGCUGCUCGCAUCCAAUUCAAAACUCUUGUACUCGCCUAUCGUUGUCUUGACCUUUCUGCUCCCUCCUAUCUCCAGACUAUCAUUUCUUCCUACACCCCUCCACUCCUCCACCUCCGGUAGACUAACUGUACCCCCCUUCAGCUCCCCCGCCUCCAGAGCUCGCUCCUCCACCCUUGCCCCUCAGUGGUGGAACAACUUACCCAUGAAUAUCAGGACUGCUCAGUCCCUCACCACCUUCCGGCGCCUCCUCAAGACACACCUGUUCAGACAGCAUAUGUAAACCUCAACUCUCGACUAUACUGGACUAUAUGGCACCCAAUUGUACCAAUUCUUGCAUCAGCUUGUACUUGCACUGAACUGCUCCAUACCGUGCCGUAUUCAACUACUGCUCCUAAUUAGAACUGUAUCUUGUGUCUGAUUUUACUGUUAUAGGUAACCAUAGUCAUGUUUUUUGUAUUUGCUCUUAUUGGGAAAUCAUUCUCAUCCAUGUAUCAUACUUAUUACAUGUUCUUACUGGGCUUUACUCAUAUAAGCAAAUAUUAACUAAAAGUUAUAACUGCUCUUAGUCAAACUUGCUCUUACUUAUACCUUACUGUAUUCUUUAUUUUGCUCUUACUUAAAUUUGAUCUUCUUGUACUUACAUAAUUGCUCUGUAUUAUGAUAUUCUGUAAUGUGAUAACUUGUAAUGUGACAUUUUGUAAUGUGAUAUACGUUGUACUGUGAUAUUUUGUAACAAUUGUAAGUCGCCCUGGAUAAGAGUGUCUGCUAAGAAAUAAAUAAAUAAAUA